AUGGCACUAAAGCCUGCGCCUAACUUUAAACACGUCCUGCCAAAAAGUGAGACCUCGGUCACAGUAGGUACUGGAUCUUACAACUUCAAUUCAAGAUACGACCCGGUGUCUGAUGUCUAUGCUCCGUUUUUGUCCUUGGCGAGCAGACUACCAUUGAUCAAUGAUUCCAGUCUAAUAGUCCCAGGACCCGGGCACUAUGACACUCCAGCUGUAAAGCAAAAUGUCCAUGGUGGUUGCAGUCUUCAGCGCUUUGAGGAACUGUCGUGUGAGGGUCCGGGCCCCGGGGCCUAUGAUGUUGCGCCGCCAGCUACCAUCAGCCACAAUCAGAUGAGGACCCAUGGCAAAAGAGUGGCGCAUCCUGCUAAAAGUUUGCAGCAUUGGGUCGCUAGCCAGUACGUUGUGCCAUCCAUUCCCUCCCGGGGUGAGUCCUGUGGCUACGAGGAGGGCGCCCUGGGCUUGAGCCUCCGGACAGAGACACGAGCCUGGGCCCGGCCUACUCCAACCCUUGCUGAGAAGAUUCAUAAGUACAAAGGCAUUCACUUUGGCAAAAUGACAGGCAGGAGAAGCCAGGCGACGAAGGACAAAGUGCCGGCGCCAGGCCACUACUACCCUGAGAUGAAAGAGCAGAGGGUCAAGGCGGAGCUUGUCAUUCCUCGAUACCACCAACUGCUGCCCCAGCAGGAGUACAAGAAGAGGUUCAAGCCUGCCAAGCAAGAGUCGCCCCCUGUGGGUGCCUAUAAUGACCCCCGCUGCGCCAUCCAAACGGCUUACGGGGCGACGGGCGUGCCCAAAAGCCCGUUUGGUGUCACAGCCGAGCGUUUCCCGCCUAACCGCAACGGAGGUUCCACACCAGGUCCUGGCUCGCACAAUCUCCUAGACUUGGGUUUGGCCCAGGAGAGUUUGAAGCGGGCACUUUCAGAGCGAGCCAAGAAAGGAGGCUUUGGCUCCACUGCUAAACGCAGCAGCAUUUUCCUCAACAAGGAGUCCGUACAAGGACCCAGCCCAGGAGAUGACCAGGUGGAAAAGCGUCCAGAGGAGCUUUACAGAAAGCAGCACACGGCCGCAUUCAGAUCAGCCACACAGCGCCUGGCAUCCUCACUUGUGGCCAAAGAUUCUCCUCCACCCAAUGCAUACAACGUCAACAAGACACCGAACGGGACGAGUGGACACGUUGCAACUCUGAGUCAAGAAGCCAGAAGACGACAAAGCAGCUUCCUGUCCGCGGCACCGCGCCAUACAGAUUCCUUUCUAUGCAAUGUGCAUACUGGACCAGGUCCAGGAGAGUAUAACCCUGUGAGAUCCUCGCCUCCAAUGUCUCUAAUGGCCUCGAGAGAAGAACGCUUCAAAGAGACCACCAAUAGCAACCCAGGACCUGCCGCUUACCAGCUGAGUCCGGGCAUGAUGAACGCAGUGUUGAAGAGAAACCUUCAACGCCACCCUCAACAAUCCUCUCGCCUAGCUGCCCAUCCUCUGCCGGAGCGCAAGGCCCGUCGAUGCUGUUCCUCGCCAUACCGUCGUCGCCGCCAGCAGUAUGUCUUAAGCCGGCAUCCACGUGCGUCUCAGACAUCAGUCAUACUUCGCCGGGCCUCGGUCAGUGACUGCGCAGAGAGACGAGAGGUAAUUGAAUUUCUCUCCUGGAGUGACUCGCAUCAGCGCAGACAAUUCUGACAUAGCCAGGCGUGACGUAAUAGACCGGAGGAGGCCAUCACAUCAUCUUAGAAGUGCAAUUAACUACAGAGGAAGUACUGGCAUAAUUGAAGCCUGGAGAAGAAGAAGAAGUGGUCUCCUCCUUAGGUGAGAGCAGAUGAGGACAUUUCUGUUCCAGCAAGGGUCAAGUGGAGCCGGCUGAUGUGAAGAUGAAACACUUCUGGGGCAGGGAUAUGGUAAGGUGAUAAUCUUCGCAUGGCCUCACUGCACUCCAUCUGACUAUUCUGGACUGUGCGACAUAUUUCUUUUUAACACCAUGCGCCUCUAUUACUAACCUGAGCAAAGUGGGGCCGGGGGG